UCCACUCCUGUGCGUGUCUUCAUAAUCCGAGAAAAAGCUGAAAGCAGAGUCUCCGAGCUCUGGCCAGAGUUUGCCGAAGUGGACAUGAAGCAGACCCCGGUGAAGGACCUGGAGGCCCCGCUGCCUCUCAGUCGCCAGGUGUUUGCAGGGAGAUCUUUUUACCUGGAUGUGCCCAAGAGCAAGCAUCUGACCCUGGUCGUGGAGGCCAUUGGCAAGAUGGGUGGGACAAUCGAGAGCUUCUUAAGCAAGGAGGUGAGCUACUUGGUGACCGCCAGCAGAGAGGCCUGCCAAGGCAGAGUAACCAAGCGAAACGAGAAGUGUCGCGGUGUUGGGAGUGUCAACUCUUCAUCCCAGACCUCCAAGAGAAGCGUCCAGUCGGCGGGAAGCCAAAAGCCAGCAGAUUCUAUGCAGACGAGUCGAGGGAGAGCAUUGUUGGAGAAAGUGAUCAAGAACAAUAUGGAGAAGGCUGAUGGAGGUGGUGUUCUGGCCAACGCUCGCUCUUGGGGAGUGAAAAUCCUCCAUGUCAAUGACUUACUGGAAUACAUCAAGAAAACUUCAUUAAGUAAUUCCCAAGUGAAGAAGAAGCCAUCAGAGAGCAAAGGCCCAACGGAUCCAUCAGCCAGCACACCCAGGAAAGCCGUGACGCUGAAGGAGCCCUUUGUGAAGAUUGAAGACUGCAGCAGGCGCUACAAGCCGUUACACCUCCACUUCGACAGCUUCCCUGAGGUGAAGUUUACUGGCACUACGAGGCACAGCCCCUUUGAGUCUGCGCCCAUCGUGCAGCGGGAACAGGGCCCGAGAGUUCCGCAAGUAGAGAGCCAUGGGCUGACCACCAGUGAUGGCAAGCGAGAGAAGCCCGAGAGCCCAGCAGCGGGCAUGCAGGUGACCACACACGGCUGUGCUAAUCGGAAACGGCAAGGCUUCUGCGAGUGCUGCCAGGAAACAUUUUGGGACCAGCAGGAGCACCUUCUUUCAGAGAAGCACAGGAGUUUUGUUCUGGAAUCUUCUCACUAUGCUGUAGUGGACAGAGUGGUGCAGCAACUGUGCAGCGACUUUGAGGAGAUCCCGGCACACCAGGACCAGGAUGUCAGGCCUGCGAGUCCUGCUCUGGUGCCAGAUGUGACCCUGGAGAUGCCACCAAACAGCAGUGAGAAGGCCAUUUCGGUCGGGCUGAGUGACAUCGACUUGCAUGCCCUGAUGUUUGAGGACCAAGAUGAGCUCCAGCAAAUGGUCACAAUCCGGCCAGAAGCCAGCUGCAUGAAGUGCACUGAGAACCGGGAACAAGUUGGGGGUCUGUCAGCAGUGCCCACCUCCUGUGUGUGUUUGGACAUCACCAAAGAGGUGCCCAUCCCUCACCGGGAACAGUGCUUGCCCACUGAAGACCCCUUGUGUGUCAAUGGCACAAAGACAUCCCUGAGCCCCAAUAAGAAGAAGCGCAGGCGCUCACCCAGUACCAGCCCACGUGUGUUGAAACGGCGAAGGGUGGUCUCGCGUAUGAACUCUGACCCCCUCCACAUGAGACUUGAUGAGAGGUGUCCUCCGCAGGAGAUGAGCCCCAUCCUGCAGGUGGCUAUGCGACCUUGGAGCCAACUGGCUGAUUGGAGAACUUGCAGAGCUGUGCCUUCCAAAUGCCAACCUCCAUUCAACCCGAGCCUGGCAGACCUGCCCAUGGAGUGCCUCUUUAGUGCCACUGAUGGCGCGGUCAAGCUGCAGAAGACUGAGCCGCCAGAGUCUGUGGUUGGUGGGGGGCGGUCUGACUGUGGUGAUUUAGACACACGUGUGCCCCCUGCAGACCCCCUGGGAAACACCCUGCUAGAUGUCACCGCUGUAGAGAGUGGCAUGGAUGUGGUGUGCAGUCCGGGCACAGGCCCUUCUCACUCCUCCCUUCAGAUUGAGCCCGAUUUGCUGGUUCCUGGCACCUUCUCCUCUGAAUCGGACUGGGACUGCGACCUAAUCUCACGCUUUGGGGGGCCGACGGGCUCAAUGGCAUGUCGCGCACUAGACGUGGACGUCCUGCAGCUGACCUGUGCCACGGUCCGAGACAGUGGCUAUGACUCGCGGCUCUGCUCUGUGCUGCGGCACAACGGCGAGCUGGGCUGGGCAGCCACGGGCAGCAAGGACCUGGACUCGGUGCCCUUUGGGAGGCUACAGGCCUGGCCAGUCUAGGGGGCUGGGGGCAUACUGGGUUUGCAUUCAGCGAGGCAGCUUUAUUACCCACUUGUGCGCUGGGUACCUUGGCACUACCCCGAGGGUGAGCAUGGUGGCCGUCCAUUCGUGCCUCUUUGGCAUGAUUUAUUGUCUGUGAAGUUGUACAUACGUGGAGAUUUUAAUAAUAAACGUCUUGUUUUUGUA